AAAGAAAGUUUAUCUAAAAAAUAAAGAUAUUGAAAUAAAGAAAGAAAAUGGCCUUUUUCCGUGCGAGCGAGCCAUAUCACUUGUGUUGAAAAACAGAACAAAUCCUAUAUAGUUCCGUUGAGCCGCUCGUAUCGACUGGUUGUGCGAUGGCGUCAGGGAUAAAAACGCUCAUUUGUUUCGUGACCGUCACCCUCCUGCGCCCCGGCUCCUGCCGAGACGAAGAUAGGAUCAUGAAAGCAUGCUUUUGGCCUAAUGAGGUAUACGAGCCUUGCUUCGGCGGCUGCGCGGAGGUGUCGUGCGACAACCCGCGUAACCACCUGCGGCCGUGCUACCCGUACUGCGAGCCCGGCUGCGUGUGCCAGGAGCCCUACGUGCGCGACGACCGCACGCACCAGUGCGUGCUACCGCAGGACUGCUCUCCGUGAGUACAGACUACCCGCUGCUACCCGUACUGCGAGCCCGGCUGCGUGUGCCAGGAGCCCUACGUGCGCGACGACCGCACGCACCAGUGCGUGCUACCGCAGGACUGCUCUCCGACUCAAAUGGGCAUCCCGGUACCAACGAGACGUUCUGAAAAAUACCACACAAACACCAACUACAAUAUAAAACGACACUAUGCGAAAAAAGAAGAAGAGAUUCCAGAAGUAAGGGAAAACGAAGCAGUGUCGAUUAGUCAGUCAAAUCCACAUACGAAUAAGUUCUCAUCAGAUGUUUCGAGGAUGGGGAACUACUUCAAUAUAGUGAUAGCCCCUCCGCCUAUAAGGGCGCUGCAGCCUAGGAAGUUAGUGCCGAGUGAAGCUCACAGAGCGCCUAAACGAAUGUUAUAGUUAUUGGGAACGCGAGAACAAUUAUUUACCCACCAAAUUAUGAAAUAUCUGCGACAGGUGGAACUUACGG